UGACAAGCGAAUGUCGUAGCUGCUGUUUGGUAGGUUGUAUUGGUUGUAGCUGUAGUGUGUUUACUUCUGGACAAUUGCUUCCGGGUUACUUUAUUAUUACUUUAUACUUUAUUGUGGUUUACAAACUUUGUUUUGUAACAUUAUUUACUUAAAAUGGGCGAAGACUUACCCCAUGCCGAGAACUUGGACACAAAAAAUGGAAACUUUAUUUGCGGAGUCGUCGAAGGCUUUUAUGGGCGACCCUGGACAACAGAGCAGAGAAAGGAUUUAUUUCAGAAAAUGAAAAAAUGGGGUAUGGAUUCCUAUGUUUAUGCUCCAAAGGAUGACUACAAGCACAGAGCCUACUGGAGAGAAUUGUACACAGUUGAAGAAGCCGAACAUUUAACUGGACUUAUACAAGCGGCCAAGGACCAAAAUAUUACUUUUUAUUAUGCAUUAUCUCCUGGCUUGGACAUAACAUAUUCCAGUCAAAAAGAACUUUCAACACUCAAAAGGAAACUGGAGCAAGUUUCUCAGUUUGGAUGUAAGGCUUUUGCUUUACUGUUUGACGAUAUCGAACCGGAAAUGUCUGAACAGGACAAAGAAAUUUUCCAGUCUUUCGCACAAGCUCAAGUCUCGGUUACCAAUGAAAUUUUUGAGCAUUUAAGGCUACCAAAGUUUUUGCUUUGCCCUACACAGUAUUGCUCCACUCGAGCUGUGCCAAAUGUUAUAAAUUCUGAAUAUUUGAAUACAUUAGGCUCGAAAUUGUCGCAGGAGAUCGAUAUUAUGUGGACUGGAAGCAAAGUGAUUUCGCGAAAUCUCACCAAGGAGAACAUCCAGGAAAUUACAGAGGCUUUGAGAAGACCGCCUGUUAUUUGGGACAACUUGCACGCUAAUGAUUAUGAUCAAAAGCGGGUAUUUUUGGGCCCAUAUUCGGGAAGGUCGCCAGAUUUGAUACCAAAACUGCGAGGAGUUGUUACAAAUCCCAAUUGCGAAUAUGGGGCAAACUUUAUUGCUAUACAUACAUUGGCGCAGUGGUCUAGGUGUAGCGUUGAUGGACAAAGGGAUCUUUCUAUAAACGAUUCUGUAUCUGCAGACAUCAAACUUGAGACCGAAACUGAAGAUGGUUUAUCUGGCGAAGCUGUGCCAGCAACUCUUUCGCCCAACAUGUAUCAUCCAAAACAAGCUUUAAAAAAUGCUAUUAAAGAGUGGCUGCCGGAAUUUACAAAGCACAAAGCAGCCUGGGGACCCAUAGCCAAACCUCAACCUGCUGUAGCUGUUGUUCCUGUACCUAUAAUUCCUUCAAUAAAUACGUGCAUGAGUUUGACUGCUGGCACAACAACUCUUUCUUCAAGCGGGUCAGCACAACCAAUGGUAUCUUCCAGUCAGUUACAAGCUUUGGCUGAGGUAUGCAGUUCCGUGGCUUCAGGGACUGACAGCCUCGUGACACCUGCUCCAGCGCCUGUUAUGAACUCAUUGGUGUCAGAAACCAAAGUAGUUACCAACGAGUUGAUACCGAAUCUUAUAGCGGCCGUUCCUGUGCCCAUUCCUGUAGACGAGGAGAAAGGUAAAACUAUCACUGUAUUGGAAGGAGUGAUUAUCAAGCCAGAAAAAGCCAAUGGUACCAGAGCAGCAACGUCGAAAGGUGUCCCGAUGUUGCAGGAUGAGCCAAAGGACAAUAAUUUAAAAGAUGAAACUGUUAUGAAUACAGACUCUAGCAUUAGUAGUGAAUCAAGUCCGAGCCCUUUGGAACCAAUGGAUUGUAAUAGUACUCCAAAUAUAUCACCCGCACACGGAGUCAAGGCACUACAAGGAUCUCCAGAAGAUGUUGCUAUGACUGAAACAGUUUCAUCAUCAAGUGGAUCAAUGCAGGUGGAAUCAAAUGAUGUGAAUCAAAUGAUAGUUGAGAAUAAUGAGCCUCCUAGGAAAGACAAUGCUGAUCUAACAUAUGAAGAUCUGGCCCUAUUUUGUGAUUUAUUCUAUUUGCCAUUUGAACAUGGUGCUCAAGGUUUACAAUUGCUGCACGAGUUUCAUUGGUUAAAAUCGAACGCACAUGUCGUUAUAUCGUCUAAACAAAGAGAUGACACAUCAAAUCCGGAGGUCCAAGAAUGGUUUACCAGAGCUGAUAAACUAAACGAACUGACAUUGGCUGUAAACAGGCUCUUUCAACAUUUGACUUCUUGUAAUAAUCGAGAAGCGCUUUAUGAUCUUUAUUCAUACAUCUGGGAUAUACAGAGUGUUAUUUCUCUAUUAAAUUCAUAUGUUAAGUGGUUAGCUACUGGUCAGUUUCCUUCGUCCAUGCCAUCAUACACCCAGGGCACCUUCACAUGGUUUUCCAGAGGUUGGAAGGAGACCUUUAUGUCCGGCGACCAAGAACCUUGGGUUUUCAGAGGUGGGCUUACUGCUGACCUUCAGCGUCUCAUGCCAGUUGACUCAGGUAACGACCUCUUCGUCUACAAAGUUCCCGAUGUCCCCACUUCUAAACUUUUUACAAUAAGACCCUAUUUGCCCAAAGACGAGGAGCAAGUUUACAAUAUUAGCAAUAAAACUUGUAAAGACGGUCUAGAGCACUCUGUCGCUUUGCCGCCUGAACUAAAAAAUAUCCACGCAGAUAGGAUUGUAGGACCCUACUUGAUAAUUCAUCCGGAGUUUUGUUUUGUUGUAGAGGAUGAUGUGGGUGUUGUCGGAUAUGCAUGCGCUGCUUCUGAUUAUAAAAAGUUUAGAGUAAAAGAGGAAACUGCUUGGAUACCAGAAAUGUGCGAAAAGUAUCCAGCUCAUUUAGGCGAAGGUGCUAAUAAGAGCAUUCAAGAAUGCAUAUCACAUUUCCACAAGUUCAAAGACGAAGUUUUUUUUGAUGGCACCACUCAUCGUUCAAGUUUAGUGUGCAGCCUCUUACCAUCAGUUUUAGAUCAGUCUGUUAGCAAAAGAUUGGUAACAUGCUUACUGGCAUCUCUAAGGGCAAAUGGAUUUUUUGGUGUACACGUCGUGAUGAACGUAACCGACAGUUACACGCGAGCCUUUUAUGGAAAACUUGGCUUUGCGGCAAUCGCUAAUGAAACAAUGAAAGGCAAAAUUGUGAUGGGGAGAACUUUUUGAAGUUUUAAAUAUGGAUUCGAGCAUCAAAAGGACACCUCAAAUCAUAAUGGAUUUUUUCUGAUCGUUUGGACAAAAUGCGCGUCUGAAAAGUGAUUUUCCUGAAGUUCUAUUGCUCGAAUUACCUUCCACCACAGGCUUUCAGUAAAUUGUCACUCUUCAGUAUCUGAUACCUAUUGUACUAUUUUCAAGAAAUUCAAUCGCCAUCAAUAGUAUUAUUAUGUAGAAACUAGAUGACAGAAGAAAUCUGUAUUUAUUAUUUUAGAAAUAUAUUUUCUUAACUAUAAGCGUUUGCCAGUGAUGAUGGAUAGUUUUGCUCACUGGGAUAAUUGAAUGUAGAACAAAAUAGGAAGGAUUUAUUUUGCCCUGAACAAAAUGUUCAAAUUCAAUUUAUUCUAGGUGUGAAAAAAUUAUAAUAUAAUCGUGAGACGCACAUUCGUCUGUGAAGGCCUGGUACUUAAAAACUAGAUACUUAAACUACAUGUUUUAAUGUUUUAUAGAUAGCAUAAACUAGUUAAAAUUUUAUGAGAUACAAAAUUGUGAUGAAUUAUAAAUUGGUGAUAUAUUUGAAUUUUUUAUUAAUUAUUUUAAUAUUUUUUUUUAAAAUUGUUUCGCCAUACCCACCUCUAGUAGUGUUUGUUUACACGGAACAUUUUUGUUUAACUAUUUAAAUAAAUUGGUCCAAAUCAUUUUUUUCUACAUUCAGCUCUUGAGUGGUCGUAACCAUCAGAUUGAAGUUUUAUAAAUAGUUUAACUUUAUAUCUUACAGCACGUUCAUUUCAUACUUUCUUUAGGCAUAAAAAUUUUAGUUUACCCAAAGUCCAAAGGACAGCACUACUGCUUAAAAAUUAUUACCACUCUUCUGGAAUUUUGCGUGUGGCUUCAUUUUGACGUUUUGCUGCGGCUGGGCAGUAGAAAACGCCAUUGGUAAAGACAACAAUGCGUGAGUCAUGUGAUAAUGAAACAUAUUUUCUGUUAGGCUUGUAGUAGGCUCGUAAGAAUGAAGCCACUAACAAAGUUCCACAGUGAUAAGAUACUAAUUUUUGAGAAGGGUGGCUGUCUCAUGGACUACUACUAUUUAUUUGUGAUUUUAUUUUUUUAAGAUGAUAAAACAUCACUUUAUUUUAGUUUGUAUUUCUUUUUUAAUGCUGAUCUUGUUAAUUUUCUUUCAAAGACUAUUGUAUAAAUCAUAAUUAAACAUUGUUUAUAUUUAAUAAACAAUCAUUUUAUGUUCAUUUUAA